AUGGUGACAGAUAGAUUCUUCAUGGAUUCUAGGUAUGCAAAAAGUCAUAAAGGCAAGGAAGUUAUUUCCAUAAUUGUAGACAACGAAUUAUGGGAUGCAAUAUGUAUAGUUUCCAAAGUUGUGGAUCCGUUGAUGCGUAUGCUACGAAUUGUAGACUCGAAUGAGAGACCUUCCAUUGGAUAUGUGUAUGAUGGUAUGUACAGAACGAGGUUGGGGAUCAAGAAGUUGUUUAAGAAUAAGAAGAGAUUGUACAAGCCUUAUACAAACAUUAUUAAGCUGCGAUGGGAUAGGAUGUUACGCCGUGAUAUUCAUGUUACAACUUACUUUUUAAAUCCAGCUUUCCAGUAUGAUAGUGGAUUUAGCUCCAAACCGGAGGUUCAAUGUGGUUUUCUUGAUGUUGUUGAGAGUAAGGCAAGUGCGUUUAAAUUAAACAAGACUGCAUUGGUGGAGGAGAGUAGAAUAUUUCGAGACCGCGGGGGGAGCUUUUCUUGGGAACUUGCAAUUCAAACAUGCAAAACCACACAACCGGAUGAAUGGUGGAGAACAUAUGGGUAUAAUACUCCAAAUUUACAAAAGUUUGCAAUCAAAAUUCUCAGCCAGACUUCAACCUCUUUCAGGAUGAGUUACAAGAAAACUAGUUUCGAUCCUAUUGAUUAUGAGAGCAUCGACAAGACUGACUUCUGGGUGUUUGAUGACGAAGAGGAGGAUGCUAGCCUUAAUUAUGAGGAAUGGGAACAAACACUUUAUGGAGAGGGAUCUAUUCCUAUUGGUCCUGGUGAUCACCCUACCUAUUAUGAUUUUACAGAAGCUGCUGGAGAUGCUGGUUAUGCUGAUGAUGACAAUUACGAAGAUGAUCUUGAUAUAAGUAAUUUUGCUUCUGGAUCUGGUGUCCAAAGUCAACCUUGA